AUGUAUACAGGCAUGUUGGGAGCUGCCGCCUUCAUGGACUGGACAGGAGGGCUCAAAACGGCCGCGGGUAUAGCCUGGUUUGCGGCUGGCGGUAUUAUCGGCUGGCCUUUUGCCAUGGCUCUUGCGGCUCCAUUCCUCUUUGAGGAGGCUCUGCUUGCCGUAGCCGCCCUUGGUAAUCUGGACCAGUUCUUGGUCGCAGUGCGACGGGUCAGUCGAGGUGUUCUUGCCGCGGUCGGUAUUCUUGCCGUCGAUUCAUUGGUCAACUCUUAUUUCUAUAGAGUGUGGGGCAUCGUUGUCUCAUGGAACAUUGUCAAGUACAACGUCUUCUCUAAAGGCGGCGGCCCCGAGCUAUAUGGGACUGAGCCCUGGACAUUCUACUUCAAAAACCUGGCGCUCAACUUCAACUUGUGGUUCUUGUUGGCUUUAGUCGCAUUGCCGCUCUUUCUCCUCCAAAAGAUCAUCGCUCCCAGUGGCCGCGCGUUUUCUUCCUCGCUGCGGGCUAUCGUCUUCCUCUCGCCAUUCUACCUUUGGUUCACCAUCUUCACCCUGCAACCUCACAAGGAAGAGCGCUUCAUGUACCCUGCCUACCCCUUCCUGGCCCUCAACGCGGCUGUAUCAGCUCACAUUAUUCUCACUGCUGUCGGCCACGUCAGCAAGAACACGGCGAUUGGCAAAAUUCCUGCAUCGGUCAGACUUGUCUUCACCGUGGUCCUCCCUUUCUUGCUUGUUGUAUCCUUGUACCUCCUGCGAGUCAUUGGUAUCUACUCAGCGUAUGGCGCACCAUUGUCGCUUUACGAUCCUCUCGGUGCUGGCACUCUGGGUGGAGACGCUGACCUCGUCGGUGGCCGGGGCGACUUUGUGUGUUUCGGAAAAGAGUGGUAUCGCUUCCCCUCUUCUUUCUUCCUGCCGCGAGACAUGGAGGCCAAAUUCAUCCAAUCUGAGUUUCGAGGUCUCCUUCCUGGAGAAUUCAAGAAAAGCAGUCUGCUCGAAGGCUUCAGCGGCACCUAUGUGCUUCCCAGCGGCAUGAACGACCAAAACAAGGAAGACCCGGGCAAGUACACCAGCAUCGAGCAAUGCAAGUUCCUUGUGGAUACCCACUACCCCUUGAAUACAGAGAAGGGUAUAGGUUUGCCUCCCAAUGAACCCGACUACAUCGCCGAUACAGCGAAUUGGGAGGUAGUGAAGUGCAUACCUUUCCUGGAUGCUGGAAACACUGCUCUUGUGCCUAGGAUGAUAUGGAUCCCUAGCUGGAGUUGGAUUCCGGAAAAGUACCAAAGGAAGUGGGGCGAGCAUUGCUUGCUCCAGAAGCGAGCGUAG